UCCUAUUGGCUAAUGUCUAUUCCUAUUGCCUGUUGCCUGGCAUUGUGCAUAGGGCUGCAGGCUUCUUUCUGGUAUAUUAAUUAUACGUAGUGUCAUCCGACAACGUGAUACGUGAAGCGUGUAGUACAUGAUCGUGGCGUGGUAAAGACCCCUGUUGCAGAAAUAAUGAUGGUGACUCUUCGUCCUCUAGGACAGAAAUAGAAAAGAUUGCAGGUGUAUCGAGCCGGUGUUCUCGUGCAUUUUUCAUGUCGCGACUGGGCUUCGUGAGAGAUAUAAAUAAUAAAUAUGCGCGUCACGACGUCUCGAUGCACGCCCGUCGUUUGCCGCACGGCAAACGCGAGAGAUAUGAUUCUGAGGUGAGCCUCUAAGUCGAUUGACUGUCUUCCCCAGCUCUCUCGUUCCCCGACGGAGACGUGGACGCUACCGGCUGUUACCGAUUUCAAUGUGAAUCGACGGCACGUUUGUUUACCGGGCUCGGAGCAGGUGGCCAUAACAAAAACCAAGGUCUUCCUCGCUUUCAUCCCGAUAAAAGCGUAUAACUGUUGUCGUUGAAAAAACAAUCACCACGAAACCCAACUCCUACGAAAGAGGAUAUGAAAAUAACAAAAUCCACCGUUGUCCUCUUGAUCUUUGUGCUGAUGCUGUCCAUCUUCGUGGCAAAUGUAGCCGACCUUAUCAAUGUCGAUUCUCAUAUGCAGGACGAAUCGUUACAAGAGAUUUAUGGUGAGACCAAUGGGUUUAGACCAAAAUAUUAUGACAUAGGAAAGUCAUAUGACCACUUGAUGUGGUUCUUACAGAUAUCGGACAUACAUAUAAGUAUCUUUCAAGAUCCAUCUAGGAUAUCAGAAUUAAAAAAAUUCUGCAAUGUGACGGUAGAUGCAAUCAAGCCUGUGGUUGUUCUAGCUUCAGGAGAUUUGACCGAUGCCAAAGCUAAAGAUAAGAUGGGUUCUAAGCAAAUACUUGCUGAAUGGCAGUAUUAUAAAUAUGUGAUAGAUGAAACCAAUAUUAGGGAGAAAACAUUGUGGUUGGAUGUUAGGGGAAACCAUGAUAACUUCAACGUGGUCAGUCUUAGUUCCAAGAACAAUUAUUAUUCCAAUUACUCUGUUCAAGGAAAGAAGCAUCCGAGAUCUUAUAUAUACAAUAUUGUUGUUGGUUCUGAAACAUACUCCUUUAUUGCAAUUGAUGCUUGCUUGAAGCCAGGCCCCAAGAGACCAUUUAAUUUUGUAGGUGUUUUGGAUCAACGUGAGAUUAGUAAGAUACAACAAUUGGUUAAUCAGUCCAGAGAAAUUAAUACAGAUUAUAUAAUUUGGUUUGGUCAUUAUCCUACAUCAUGCAUAUUGUCACAAUCUGAUAUUGGUAUUAGGAAUAUUCUAGGCAGACAUAAAGAAAGCAUGGUGUAUCUAUGUGGUCAUUACCACACACUCGGUGGUAUGGUACCAAAUAUGUAUACGUUGCAACAAGCGGGCUUCCUUGAGCUAGAACUGGCAGAUUGGAAAGACAAUAGAAUGUACCGUCUCGCGGCAGUAGAUCAUGGCCAAUUUUCAUUCAUUGAUAUAAAGCACAAUGAUUGGCCUGUAGCAUUAAUCACCAAUCCUAAGCACGCGUUAUAUAUGAUGCCGCGAAGAGAAAAUUUGAAAUCCAUUAUCGCAUCCACGCACAUCAGAGUGGUGGCGUUUUCCACAGUUCCGUUAAAGUCUGUAGAAAUUCAGUUGGGCGACGAUGUCUGGCAAACUUGUGAUCAUGUUAAGGGACCUCUUUACGUAUUGCCAUGGAACACAACAAUGUACAGGAACGGUAUUCAUCAAAUCACAGUACGCGUGAUCGACGAAGAAGGCAGAGAGAAAAUCGUAUCGCAUCCAUUUUCUCUCGACGGUUCACGGCUGUCGUUCCGCGUUUUACCCAGACUGGUGCUAAUGUUUGACGUCAGUCACAUUUUUCAGUUCCUAUUCUGCACUGUAUUGGCAUUACUAGUAGUGCCGCUGUGCUUACUUCGCUUUCUUCAUAUACUCUGCGAAAAUAAGUAUAUGCAUCGACCGCGGCUGCCCAUCAGAUUCUUUCAUUGGUGGUUGAGGAAAUUGUGGAUAUUAUCUACUAUUGAUAGAUUGUUCUUUCCGUUGGUACUCUAUUCCUUGUAUCUGGCUGUCGGUCCUUGGACAGUAGGAGAAGUAAUUGAAAACCACAUAGGCGUGAUCUUCGCGUGGGGUACAUUCGUUGGAAAUGCGUAUCUACCUGGCGCUUUCACCUAUGCUUACGGAUUUUUUCAAUUAUUUUCUUUCCACUUGCCGCUUAUGUUGAUCUUAGCGCAUCAAGUUGAUCGUAGAUUGCAAGACGUGGAGAAUUCAGUAAGACAACCGUUGUCGAAAUUACGAUUAAUCUGGCGACACUUGCCGUUCGCGCUGUUAAUCGCGAUGCAAACCGCGAUGGCCUAUUUCUUUUGGCUAGCGUACGGCACACUAGCUACGAUACUGUGUCCGUUGCGGACUUGGAGCAUUCUUUUGGCGGUGAUACUAUGUUAUCGAGUCAACACGAUGCCACUCUCGUGCUUGAGGUCCGUUGCGUUACUCUGGUCACCUCGUUUAAUACAAACAACCGAUCUCAUGGUGAUGCAUACUACCAACACUAACAAUGCAACUUAAU